AUGCAACUAAUACUAAUUGUUUUCGCGAUUCUCUUAUGGCUUACACAUUUUACCCAACAGACAACACUCUCCUACAGACAAUAUCGUCAGAAAGAAGAAAUCCCGAUCAUUGUCCCACCACAAGAUAUUGACUCGAAUCCAAAAACACCAAAAGACAAAGAAUUGUCAACACCAGGUGAAGACGAAGACGCAGUUGUAGCAUCCGGCGGUGGAAGCGAAGUAAAUCACCGGUCAAAACGUUUAUCCGAGAAUCGACCAGCCGCCUAUCGUAAUCCCUUUUCAACCUUUUUAAAGCGUAAACGUCAUUCAAAAUCAACGGAAUCACGAUUAAUCUUGAGAAAGGAGUAUACAAACGGAGAUUCCAAGUGUGGUUUAAUGUGUCAUUUACUAUGUCGACCUGGUUGUUCAAAAAUAUGCUAUUCAUCGUGUACAUGA